AAAAGCGAACACAGCUAAAAAAAACUGAACUUUGCUAGAAAUCAAAAAAUGGAUUUAGAGGGCAAAAAUGUGGUUUACGUAGCCGAUUGUGGAGGCUUGGCCUUUGAGACCUGUAAAGUAUUAGUGACCCGCAAUAUAGCGAAAUUGGCCAUUUUACACAGUGUGGAUAAUCCCCAGGCCAUAGCCAAACUUCAAGCUUUAAAUCCUCGCACUCGCAUUUAUUUUUGGAAAUUCUCUUUUACCAUGAGCCGUUCCGAAAUGAAACGUUAUUUUGAGGAGGUCAUUGUACAAAUGGACUGCAUUGAUGUUUUGAUUAAUGGUUCCACUUUGUGCAAGGAGCAAGAUGUUGAUGCUACCAUUAAUGUUAAUCUAAUUACGCCCAUCAAUAUAGUCAGCAUUGUUAUGCCAUUUAUGGAUAAGAGCAAGGAUGGUGGUCGAGGUGGUAUGAUUGUCAAUAUUAAUUCAGUAACGGGUUUGGAUCCCUCGGCAGUGUUUUGUGUUUAUAGUGCAGCCAAGUUUGGUUUGUUGGGUUUUACGAGGAGUUUGGCGCACCCAAUUUAUUACGAUAAAACUGGUGUUGCGGUAGUGGGCAUUUGUUGUGGUCCCACAAAAACGUUUGUACGUCAUACAAUGAAAGCAUUUCUUGAAUAUGGACAAGAGUAUGUGGAUAAAUUAAAAGGGGCACCAUGUCAAGAAACCGCAGUGUGUGCACGCAAUAUAGUACGAGCCAUCGAAAUGGGUUCAAAUGGACAAAUAUGGAUAGCUGACAAUGAACGUUUGGACAUUGUUAAACCACAACUCUAUUGGAAAAUGUCAAACGAACUGCAGGAGUAUAUGGAACAUUAAAGAAAUAUAUGAAAAAUAUAAG